AUGUUAAAUUAUUAUAAUAUAAUUUUAUAUCUUAAUAUACUAAGUAUUCCAGUUAAUACAUUUUUAUACCAGGGUAAAAUUGAAAUUGAUAAUUUAUCAAGAAAAAAAAAAUCUGUUGUUCAAACCAAAUUUAAAUGGAAACUUCCAAUUAAAUAUUUUAUUCAUUAUUUUUUGUAUGAAAGAAAAGCUAUUUAUGAAGCUAUAAAACGCAUUGAAAAUAAGACAUGCAUAAAAUUUAAAGAACAUUAUUGGUAUAUAAAAGGUACCUCUGGUUUUAACUUUAUACCAACAUACACUGCAUGUUUUUCUCCAUAUGGACCAAAAUUAGAUGAUGAAUCAUUUGAAAAUAAUAUUUUUGUUGCACCUAGAUGUCAAAACAGUGUUGGACUUGUUGAGGGACUUAUUGGCACAAUGAUUGGUCUUAUAUAUGAAGUUGGUCGUUAUGAUAGAGAUAGUUAUGUUAAUAUAAAUUAUGAAAAUAUGCUUGCAAGAGUAGAUAAUCUUUUUAAAAAACAUAAUUUAAGUGAAACAGAAACAUAUGGUACAGAAUAUGAUUUUUUAUCAGCAUUACAAUAUUUUCCUAAAAAUUUUAGUAAGAAUGGAAAACCAGUAGUUGAACCAAAAGAUUUUUUUAAAUAUUAUCAAAAUUCUAUUGGACAAACAAAAGGGUUGUCUUUUAAUGAUUAUAAAGUUUUAACAUUAAAAUACUGUCAUGAAAAAAUACAUUAUAAUUGCAAAAAUGGUGGAUAUACAGAUGUAAACUAUGCCUAUAAAGGUUUUUAUGAUUGGGGUGAUUGCAUUUGUCCAUCUGGAUUUAGCGGAAGCACAUGUGAAGAAAACGUUAGAAAUGAUAGAACAUGUGGGGAAACAGUUUUAGAUGAAUCUUCUAUAGGUAAAAUGAUUUAUGCUAGUAGAACUGGUAAAUGUAGUUAUUUUAUUAAAUUUCAACGUCCACUAAAAGUUAAACUAACUAUUAUAGAAAUUUCAACAAAAACAAAUGAAUAUUGUUCUCCAGGAAUAGGAAUUGAAAUUAAAUUUAGAAAAGAUAAAGGUGCAGGAGGAGCUUGUUUAUGUGGUAAAUACAAAAAUAUUACUAUUACAUCUGAAAAUAAUUUUAUGGUAAUUAUUUACAAUGGUCUAAGUAGCAACGAUAAAUUUACUGCAACAUUCGAUAAAGUUUUAAGAGAAUCAAGUGGAAAAAAAAUAAAUAAAUUUAAAAAAAAUUAA